AUGGCUACUAUUCUAAAUUUCCUACCUUGGCUAGCCGCUAUUAGUCUAUUAGGCAGCCUAUACUACCUAUGGUACCGCAUCUUCUCGUACCAGGGCAUUCCAAAGACUCUGGCCUUUGCCAAUUCUGACGGGUCUCUCUUGUCUCGAGCUCGAUCUUCCUUGAGUUCAGUCUUUGGGGUCAACAGUCUCUUAUUGGCUGGUUACCGAGAUCAUUCAAGAAAAGGACGGCCUUAUAUCCUUCCUGAUGUUUUCACGGGGCAUCAUGUUAUUUUGCCCGCAGAGCAGCUUCAGUGGUUGCUCAAGCAGCCCGACAACGUUCUCAGUCAGCGCGAGAGCAAUAACGAGUUUCUCGCUGCGAAACACACAUUCUUGAACUGCGUCGCCGCUGAUGAUCAGGAGUGGACAUUUGUUGUCAGCCUUAUUAAGACUAUGACCAGUCAAUUGAACAACCAGACCGAUGAUGCUGUUGAUGAGAUUCAUGCGGCAUUGGACGACUUAUGGGGCAAUGACACAACAGACUGGAAACAAGUUGAUCUCUUUGACGUCUGCUUAGCGCUGGUCAGUCGCGUCGUCAGUCGCAUAUUUGUCGGGCUGCCACUCUGCCGGAAUCCGACAUAUCUUGCCAGCUCGACAAAGUUCGCCAAAUUCAUCUUGAUCGAAGCACUUCUUGCACAGUUAACACCCAAGCCUUUGAGGCCACUCCUGGCCCCCUUUCUGGCGAAAUACGACUGGAUUCAGUUCAAGCGUUUGGACCGCUGUGUCAACCCGGUCAUUCGAGAGCGCGCAGCAAGAUUUGGUAAGAUGACAGACGAAAAGCCAGAUCCAGAUCAGCCCAAUGAUCUCCUAUCUCGUCUCAUGAAAGAGAGUUUUAGCCGCAACGAUGAUCCAUGUCGUUCGCAGAGCCAUACCACAAAACUUUUGGCCGUACUCAACUGGGCAGCCAUUCAAGUUCAAGGUAUUACUCUCGAGAAUACACUGAUCGAUAUCGCCCACUCUCCACAAUCUGCGGAAAUCCAACGCCAACUGCGCGAAGAAGCUUUAACUGCUGAUGGCGCCGACCCAUCGGUACGCUGGACUCGAGUCCAAGUAUCCAAGAUGUUAAGGCUUGAUAGUGUCUUCACUGAAAGUCUUCGUUUAUGGGGGUUUUCUCAUGGCGUCAUCAAAGUCGUGGUGGCAAAGGAAGGUGUUGACCUUCCCACAGGAGAACAUAUACCCUACGGUGGAAAAAUUGGCAUUGGAAGCUAUGGCGUACAUCAUGACGAGGAAGUAUCUUGCUACGCUAUGAUAUUAAGCCUGACGAAACCCCUCGGCCGCAAAAUCCUUGGUUCAGCUAUGUCUCCCCGCCACCCAUUGGGUACAAAAUAUCUGUCAGAAGAAGAAAAGAUUAGUUAG